CCUCCCCCCAUGCGACCUUACACUCCUAUUGUCCUAAACUGGUGAUUCAGGCCUUUCAGCCCUUUGCAGAACUUUGGCCCUUUGGAGGCAGGGCAGUCAGCAGGGGGAGGUCUAGCCCCCAGCUCUAUUUCUGAGUGGCUUAACUGGCUCCAACCGCCCAAUCUGCCCUGAUCAGAUGGAAGCGCCCGGGGCUAUUUCCCUGCAGCUGGGAGUCAAUGCACUGUGUGCUCUAAAGCUGCGUCUGCCCUUGGGGCUGCCCACUCCCUCUUCUGAUCCCCUGGGCGGGGGAGAGACCUAUCUAAGCAGGGCUUGGACUACAUCUCCCAGCGUGCCUGUCAGAGUGGUGGCCUCUGUGCGUCGGCUGCACCCGUUGCCGGCCACAAUGCAGCGGGCUGGGAGCAUGAUGUCCCAUCUGGGCUCCUGUCUCCAGGCGCUCCCCUCGGCCCUGCGCCGUUCUCUCAGUAGUGCACAGGACGUGCUCCGCAGGACACCACUCUAUGACUUCCACCUGGCCCAUGGCGGGAAGAUGGUGGCAUUCGCAGGCUGGAAUCUGCCUGUGCAGUACCGGGACAGCCACGUUGACUCACACCUGCAUACACGCCGGCACUGCUCGCUCUUUGACGUAUCCCACAUGCUGCAGACCAAGAUAUUUGGCCAUGACCGGGUGAAGCUGAUGGAAAGUCUAGUGGUUGGAGAUAUUGCAGAGCUAAAGCCAAACCAGGGAACACUGUCGCUGUUUACCAAUGAGGCUGGUGGCAUCUUAGAUGACUUGAUUGUGACCAACACCUCUGAGGGACACCUGUAUGUGGUGUCCAAUGCUGGAUGCUGGGAAAAGGACCUGACCCUCAUGAAGGACAAGGUUAGGGAGCUUCAGAACAUGGGCAACGAUGUGGGCCUGGAGGUGAUGGAUAAUGCCUUGCUAGCCCUGCAAGGCCCCACUGCAGCUCAGGUGCUACAGGCUGGCGUGGCAGAUGAUCUGAGGAAACUGCCCUUCAUGACCAGUGCUGUGAUGGAGGUGUUUGGCGUGUCUGGCUGCCGUGUGACCCGCUGUGGCUACACAGGAGAGGAUGGUGUGGAGAUCUCGGUGCUGGCCGCGGAGGCAGUCCGCCUGGCAACAGCUCUGUUGGAAAACCCAGAGGUGAAGCUGGCAGGUCUGGCGGCCCGGGACAGCCUGCGCCUGGAGGCAGGCCUCUGCCUGUAUGGGAAUGACAUUGAUGAACACACCACACCUGUGGAAGGCAGCCUCAGUUGGACAUUGGGGAAGCGCCGCCGAGCUGCUAUGGACUUCCCAGGAGCCUCAGUCAUUGUUCCCCAGCUGAAGGGCAAGGUGCAGCGGAGGCGUGUGGGGUUAAUGUGUGAGGGGGCUCCUGUGCGGGCGCACAACCCCAUCCUGAGUACGGAGGGUACUGUGCUUGGUGCUGUGACCAGUGGCUGCCCCUCACCCUGCCUAAAGAAGAAUGUGGCGAUGGGUUAUGUGCCCUAUGAGUACAGUCGGCCAGGUACCCUGCUGCUGGUAGAGGUGCGGCGAAAGCAGCAGAUGGCCAUGGUCAGCAAGAUGCCCUUUGUGCCCACAAACUAUUAUACCCUUAAGUGAGGAUGACUUGGAGCAGGGCCCUCUCCUCCAGGAGCCUUACCCUGGAGGGCACUGUACAAGGGGCUAGGGGUUUGUACAAGGGGUUUGUCAGGAAGCUGAGGCAGAACACACUUGGGGUGACUAGGUGGAGGCUGGUACUGGUUGUCUGGGUAACGGGGUCACACCACCUAUUCCCACUUCAUCCUGUGCCACUUGCAACUUCAAGACCCCAUUUCUGAGUGAUGGACCAGCCCACGGUCCCAUUGACCCCACUCUUGCCUGCUGGAGAAGCAUCAGUUCUGGCACCUCGCCCUUCCACUCUGCCAGGUGCUGCCUGUGGAGCAAAGACUCACCUUUAGGGGGAGGAGAAAGCCUGCCCAACCUACCUCACCACGGUUUCUCACACUGCAAAGGGUCACUACCUUGGGCAGUGCCGGCUACCUCCUCUGGUUCACUUUCCAUGAAUUCAAACUGUUGCCUCUUCCUGGGCAGGGAUGAUUCCUGACUCACAGAGGGUUGGCCUAGUAGGGCUGUGGUGCCCGUGUGUAAACUUGGGGAUGGCUGAGGGGGGCAUGGACUCAUUCUUUCACAUUCUCCAGUUGGCCCAGCCUGCUGCCCAGCAGCCAGCCAUGCCAGGCUCACCACCUGUUCUGAGCCCCAGGGCUGUUGUAGGGCAGGCUGGGCCUCCUCCCAGACUUGCCUUAUCCUGGGCUGACCUUCGUCCCUGGGACUUAUUACUGGACUCCGCUGACUCCUAAAGAAAAUAAAACAUUAAAUGAGCUUCCUUCCUUCUUGCUU